AUGACCGCUGGAGUAGAGAUCAAUGUCAGUCGUCUUUCUCUCUUAGUUAAAGCGCAAGAACAAGACAAAUACCAUCCUAGUGGCUUCAGGUCGGGCACGAGUCUGACAGGCGACUGCAACUUCGAAGUCGGAACGAAGACCAAUCGGUGUGGGAACCCCUAUCACAGUUUGCCUUUGUUGUCCAAAGGCUUCGAGAACAGCGAUAAGGGAUACUGGCAAAUUAUUGGCAUUCAGUAUGACCAUGCGCUGACCAAAACGAUACUGGUAGGGGAACGGUCAGUGGAAGAAGGAGGAAGGGCUCUCAGCUACUUCAUCAGCAAGAAACUGCAGUCAGCAAGCCGAAAGGCAGCGAACAAUGAGCCACAGCACCGAUUCUGGAGUGAGGAAGUACACUAG